AUGUCUUCCGACGAGCGCACGCCGCUCCUGCAGCAAAAUGGCCACACCAAUGGCACCGUCGCCGAGGCCAAGAAGCCGUCCAGGCUGUCCUCGCUGCGGCAUCCGGCCAACCGCGUGCUCCUGGCCGGCUUCCUGAUCACGCUGUCCUUCAGCUACACGCAGGUGCCCCUGCUCUACGUGUUCCGGGAAAUGGAGUGCGACGUCUUCUACACCAAGAACCCGCCCUUCGCGGGCCCCGGCGACCGGUGCGACCGCAACGAGAUCGCGGCCGGGACGGCGCAGCAAGUCAGCAUCUUGAGCAUGACGACUACGUUUGCAGGCACGUGGAACCUGUUCAUCUCGGGCCAGCAGGUCAAGCGAUGGGGGCCCCGCGCCGCGCUACUGUUGCAGACCAUCAUCCCGGCCUUCCGGGUCCUCACGCAGAUCUUCGGCGUGCUUGCCGGGGGCCAAGCCGGCAUCUGGAUCAUCCAGACCACCCAGGUCAUCACCAUCCUGGGCGGCCCUGCUGGAUACAUUCUGGUUAUCAACACCAUUGCCGGAGAGCUCGUGCACCCGUCGGAAAGGACUGCCAUUUUCGGUAAGCUGCAGGGCAGUCUCAUGCUAGGGCAGGCGAUAGGGUUCUUGGUGGGCGGUAUGAUCGGUGACAAGUUUGGCGUUAUAAGCCCAUUCCAGGUUGCCUUCUGCUCGUUUCUUGUCUCGAGUCUGUUUGCACGCCUCACAAUUCCCUACAUCUCGGCAGAGACACUAUCGGAUCCCAAAAGAAGCGCCAAGGGUCUUGCCGGUUUCUUCGCACCGCUCAAGGUUCUCUGGCCUCAGAAUCUUCGCCUCGCAAGCGGACGCCCUGCGAAGCACUACGGCAUUCUGUUUCUGUGCUGCGGUGUGUUUCUCGGAGUGCUCGCGACCGGCUAUGCCCCGACUCUGAUGCAGAUGUACGCAACGACUGUGUUCCACUUCGACCAGUCAGACAACGGCUGGCUCAUGUCCGGCAACGCGCUGAUGCGGGCCUUCUUCCUCAUUGUCCUCUUCCCGAGAAUCAUCUCCGUCGGGCGCAAGUGGUACUCGAACCGAUACGAGACUGAAACUAAGAACGACGAGCCGCUGCCAACGGAACCCCAGGACUUUGACGCGCCGACUGGUACCCAAGGAGCGCGUGAGCCCGUGGUCCCGGAGGCGACUUAUGACAGCGCAGCUUACGGCUUCGACCUCUUCUUCUUGAGGUGGAGUCUCUUGGUUGACGGGGUCAUGACCGCUUCCGCGGCAUUUGCCACUCAGGGGUGGCACGCCUAUCUCGUUGCGUUUCUGCUUCCCUUCGGAUCGGGUACAGCUCCGGCAGCAAAGGGCGUCAUCACCGAGAUGUGUCCCAAGUCCCAGCGGACCGACGCUUUGAAUGCAAUCACGCUGGUCGAGAACAUCGCCAGGCUGUCGACCCUCGGCCUAUUUGGUUUCAUCUUCUCAGCCCUGGCCGAGAUUGGCCAAGUACACUUGACAUUCUUUGUCAAUGGUGCUAUUGCGGUGUUGGGCAUGCUCGUCCUGCUCCUGUCGCACUUCCCGGCCCGGGGGAGUGCGCUUGUCGAAGAGCGUGCUGAGGAGGAGGAGUCUCAAGUGAGUGGACAAGAUGACGAAAGUCAGCAAUCUUGA